AUGCACUACCUGCCACACCUGCGCAAGGUGGUCACCAAAAAGAAGAAAGAGAAGCCCCAGGUUGCCGUGCCCGAGGAGCUUCGCCACUGGGCCGAGGACUUCCCGUGGCGCCGUGCGAUGCAUGCGGCCAUCGCCGCCGCGGUAAUCAUCGGUGUGUGCGCGGCGGCGCUGUUCGUGGCCCAGAAGCCGGAGGUCGAACAGCCGAUCUGCGACGAGGACUGCAUGUUAUACACCAAGCUGUUCAACCAAACCAUGGACUGGUCCGUGAAUCCCUGCCAAGACUUCUACCGCUUCGUGUGUGGCCGCUUGAAGAACAAGUCCUCGGUGCGCCGCCAAAUUAACUACAACUUCGUCCAAGCGGUCGCCGACAUCGCCAAACAAGUGGACGUCCCAGCCGAGGGCCAGACAGCGGCGCAAAAGGCGGCGCGGAUCUUCAAGACAUGCAACGACAUCGCGACGCAGGACACGGACUACGUGCCGCGCAUCCGCGGAUACCUGCGCGACGCCAACCUGCACUGGCCGCAGCAUCCCGACAAACGUGACACCGAGUCGGUGGACGUGUUUCGCAGCAUACUUGAACUCAACGACAAGUGGGGGUGGCCCUGCCUGCUCGAGUUGAGAACCUACAACAUCAGCGAGACCAGGUUCGAGGUUGUCACGCGUCCUACCGUGGGCAUUGAUGAGUUCCAGCACCACGUCUUAAAUCUUGGCUUGGGGUCUCCAGCGCACCGCUCCUACUUCCAGACGCUGUACGCCCACUACGGUGGUGGCGUCGUGGAUGGCGUCACAUUCGAAGAGAUGCUGGCAUUACGAGGACCAGAUCAUGGCGCCUCUGAUAAGAGCCUACCACGCACCACCCAGGAGAUACGUGUUCGAAAGGAACAACUCGGAUACCUCGGGAAUCAGGGAACGAUGGACCAGCGUCAUCGAGGACUUUUACCAUUUGUCCGGAAACGAAUCGAGAUCUCCACCACCCACCAGGAUUACUUCAAGGUGAUGGUCGAGCUGAUCACCACGAAAGAGACUAUCGUCGAGCUCGUCAUAGGCUGGAUAGCCGUCCAGUACACCUCGCCGUUCGCCAAUCGACAGCUCAUAUCCAACUACCACAACACUCUGGAGCAAGCCGAGGAGUACCACCAGACGAGCUGCUUCGUCUUCACCAGCUAUCUCAUGGGAAUCGCGCUGUUCCUGCCGUUCCUGCAGCGGGUCUACACCAAACCGGCGCGCACCGAUACGCUGGAGCUCGGCACCUACCCGUGGGCCGAACUCGACGUGGUCUUCAAGUACAUGGAAAUAGCCCGAGUGACCGACAUCGAGGCGAGGUUCUCCAAAUACCCGGACAUGGAGGGCAGCUUCAUAAAAAACCAGCGUGACGCGACUAAAGCCAAGCGUCUAACAAACUUCGAAAACAUCGGCGAGAUGCCCCCGCUGUGGUUGCGCAAGAACGACCUCUACCACGCGCUCAUUACGCGCUACCGGUUCGACUACGCCCUCAAGCCGUCCAUUUUGGUACCGCCUAUGUACCACCGAACGGCGCCUCUGCCGGUGCGGCUCGGCACAUUCGGCGUGGAAGUGGCCAAGGCAACGAUCGAGUCCUACAUGGAGCUUCGAUUCCAAGGACACGGCACAGAUGCCCUGGACAGCUUCCAAUUCUGCUUCUUCGACAUAAAGGAUAAGGAGCGGCAAGAGGAGCUCAGCCCCCAAUGGAUCAGGCUAAUGGAAACCAACUUCCUGGAUAGCGCCGCCCUGGACAUCGCGCUCUCGGUGCUCAAGCUCGUACCGUCCUUCGACGAAGACCGGCUGCACGACGUACCGCUCACGGGCCACCAGCUCUUCUACGUGGCCCACUGUUACACGCACUGCGGCGAAGAGAAUGGCACGUCAUUGUGCAACGAACCCCUCAGGCACAAGGAGGACUUCGCGAACGCCUUCUCUUGCCGGCCGCACAGCCACAUGCGAUCCGAGGACAAGUGCCCGAGCUUCUAA